AUGUUCUCGACAAUCCUGAUUCACAACUGCGGCUCCAUCGACGACAAAUCAAUAACAGUCUCUCUGAAAGCCUCACCGUCGUUCCCCGGCGCCGUCUGGUAUCGGGAAAACUGGGAACAACCAGUCCCAGCCACUUGGGCAGCCAAGGAUACCUCUAGCUUUGACGGGACGCUCGAAAUCAGACUUGUAGAGCGCAUCUCAGAGGGGCGAAUUGGCGUAACCUACGUGGCACAAGUCAUUUCCGCAACACAAGGGGGCAGUGACAUCCGUUCAACCCUGCCUUCCACCUUGUGCCUCAAAUUCGCGAAGCCAGAGUUCAGCCGUAGCCUAGCUAGAGAAGCUUGGUUCUACGAACAACUCGAGUCGUUGCAGGGCAUCUCCGUACCCCUUUCUUUCGGAUUCUUCGCGUCCACCGCCUCGGAACAACCCAAAUUCCCCGGUGUCGAUUUCGAGUUUGAGCCCUGGACUGACCGACAGGUAUUAUUCGAAGAUACGGACUCGACCCCGGACAACAUCGACGAGUAUCCUUCGCCAGACUGGCUCACCGACGACGUGCCCGAAUAUUACGUUGAACGGACCUUUGAGCACACGCACCACGAACUGGAUUCGCCCUGGUACAGAUGGAGUCGGAACCUCGACGACAAUCCUACCAUCUCCGUUCUCGUCCUCGAGCUCCUUGGCGAACCAUGUACUGGGUGGAAAACUGCUGCAGACAAGCAGGCAAUCCAUGAAGUAAUGGACGACUUGGCUGCACUCGGCGUGGUGCAGGGUAACCUAACACCUUGGAACACACUCGCAUUCAAGCCAUCCCCGCACAGUGAGCCACGGCUAUGCCUUCGACACGGAGUUGUCCAUCCCUGGCGGAUCAUCGACUUCGACCGAUCCAAGAUGGCAGAUCCCAAAAACCUGAGCCAAUAUGGCAGCUAUCACGUUUUGGAUACAGAGUCUAUGUUGGAUGUUGCGACUGAGUUCGACUUUUGGGCAUGGGAAUAG